AUGGCAAAUAAAAGGGUUCUUGCUAGGUUGAGUAGAACCGAUGAACUGGAAAUUAAAAAAAACUCUGGAUUUAUUUUUAUCCAUAAAUUUGGAAAAAUUAUUGAACUUACAGGACCUUCGGGGUCUGGAAAAAGUCAAUUUAUUUUACAUACCAUUUCAUGUGCUAUAACUCCUAUAGAAUAUUUAGGAAUAGGAAGGAUCAAUGGGUGUGAAGUAGAUUUUAUUGUGGUUACAGCAUGUUCAAGUUUCAAUAUGAUGAGAUUAUUAGCUAUCAUGGAAUCUACAAUAGUUCAAAAUAUCAAUCUUGAUAAUAAAGAAGAGGAGUGGGAUACAGAUACAAUAGAGAAAUGUAUAGAAGAUAGUUUAAAGAGGUUGCAUAUAAUUAACUGCACUGAUAUCACAGAAAUGCUUUCCAGUUUGAUAACUUUGAAAGUAAUGCUUUAUGAAAACCCUAAAAUAAAAUUUAUUGCUAUUGAAAUGAACUACAUGUUUCCUUGGCCAAAUGAAAGAGAAAGUGAUGAUGAUGAAAACAAAAUGAUUGUGAUCAACAGACUAAAAGAACUGUCAACUUUGUUCAACGUAUUAAUUAUGGUAACGAACAUUGAAAUAACAUCUGGUUUACUACAGUCCUCAGAAAAAAUAAAAAUAUUUGGUUCCAGGGUUGAAAAACUAUUUGAUGAGAAAAUAGUGUUUUCUUGUGUGGGACAGAACAAAUUUUCAUUAAAAAAUACUGGUUCAGUGAAUAAUUGGUUGAAAAGCUUACGUAAACAUGAUUCUAAACUGUACUCUAAAAAUCUAAACAAGUCCUACCAAGAAGACUUCAACAGCUAUUUGUGCUUUCUUGAGCAAAAAGCUCACUACAAAACUCAUUAA